GUUCCAGUAAUCCGAUCCCAAGACGACUAGGAAGAGAAUGAGGGAAAUGAAAGAACUCCUGGAAACCUGAGAGAACUUAAAUCUUAGUAGGAAUUUCCCAGCGUUUCACGGAGGACAGGUGGAAACAUUUCUGGCCAUAUAGUGAUCUGUUAUCUCCUCAAAAGUAACAAUUCAGAAUGCAAGAGGAUCCAGUAUAUGAUUUUCCAGACAGACAACCCUUCAGAAAACCAGUCCACAGAGGGUCUUUAACAAACAUAAGCAUUCUCGAUCGCCUGAUCCUUACUCACCCUGUCUGGCUUCAAUUAACCAUCAACUCUGCUACAGCUCUUCAUAUUCUGCAGAAAGAGCCCCCAGGGACCUUCUUAGUCCGAAAGUCAAACACAUCACAGAGGAAGGUUUUGUGUGUACGACUGUGUGAUGACUCAAGUCCAUCAUUUGUGAGGCAUUUGUACAUCCAAGAAAAUUCAUCAGGGUUUUCCUUGGAGGACUCUGCCAUCAGUUUUCCUGAUUUGUUUAGACUAAUUUCCUUCUACUGUGUGAGCAGGGAUGUUCUGCAGUUCCCACUGAAGUUGCCUGAUGCGAUUGCAAAAGCAAGAUCACAAAAAGAACUAGAAUCCAUCUCACACCUCGGUGUUGAAUUCUGGAAUUCUUCUCUUAAUGUAAAAGAACCAAGAAGUGCAUCUUCUAAAGGACCACCAAUUCUUCUCAUGCCAGAUAUAGAUUUGUCAGAGUGUACCACACCACAGCACUCCAUAUUCAGUGAAUUCUGCCCUAUAAAGACCCGCAGCCCCGUUGAGCUGGAUUGCGGCAAAGGUAAGGGAGCCUUGUGCUUCAUCAAUCCACUUUUCCUAGAGGAGGAAAGCAAGGUUAGAAGAAGUCAGUUUAAAAGGAGCUUCAAGGUUCGUGUAUCUACAGAGAGUUCAUCGCCUCUUUCUCCACCAUCAAAUCCUCCUCCUCCAAUUCCAACUGAGGAAGGUAAAAGCCUACAACAUGGGACUACAUGCAGUCAGCUGCUACGGCAGAUCAGUGAUGAUUCUGAUUACAAACAACCUAAAAUUCAUCUUUCCAAAACCCGGAUGAGGAAACGAUUUAGCAAGGGUAGCAUGGAUGCUGCCUUCCGUGGACUAUCCAUGUUGUCACCAACUGAGGAAGAGGAGUACCAAACUCCAAGAACUACAGAGGGAUCUGAACCAACUGGAAAAGAGACAAACCAGACUGAAGAGUCUAGUGACUCAACUGAGAUCUUGAAAUCUGAGGAAGAGAAAGAGGAAGCUUCUGAAGGAAGUGUUGACCUUAUUACGGGAAGUUUCUCCAGCAACACAGACACUGACAGUCUAGAUCUUGAAUGUAGUGUGCUGCCUUCCUUGCAAGAAGUAGACAGUGGUUCUCUUAGUAGCUUGGAUGAAGAUGAAGACUGUGAAGAAAGUCCGGUUAGGCCACAGCUUACUAGGAUAAACAGCUCACCGGUCAAGUAUAAAUUAAAGUCCCCAUUAAGGUCUAUGAGUGAAAUGUUCCGUUUAUUCCUUUCUCCAGAAAAGAAAGUUUUGAGACUGAUUGAGGAAAUGGCUCAGGACAGGCAAACCACUUUUGGUAGCCUUGUACAGGAUUUCGUGACUGUUAUACGAGAGCAAAAGGACUGCAAUCACUCCAUUAAUGCCUUUUUAACGACUAUCAGACAGUUUAUGUCACAGAUGAAGAAAUUUCUUCUUGAAAGUACAGACUUAGAUAUUCCAAUUGAAGCACUGAUCCCUGAGAAUGACCAAGAUUAUGUUCUGGAAAAAGCAAUGCAUAAAUGCAUACUAAAACCACUGAAGCCUCAUAUCGACACACAUAUGAAGGCUUUCUUUACAAGAGAUGGUUCCCUUGUGCAAAUAAAAGAACAGUACAAGAUAGUGAAGCAACGAGGAACACAGGCAUUCAAUGUCCAGGCAAAUUUGCCUAAAAAUGCAGAAAUUGAGAAGAUAAAGCAGAAAUUCAUGACAAUGCUGAAAAUUUACUCUCCUACUGACAAGGUCCUACUAUUGCUACAAGCUUGUAAGCUGAUAUAUGAUGCACUCAGAGGCAGCUCAGAUGAAUGUUAUGGGGCUGAUGACUUUUUGCCAGCCAUGGCCUACGUUAUCGCUCAGUGCAGUAUUCCUGAGCUUAUAAUGGAAGUACAGUAUAUGAUGGAGUUGCUAGAUCCAGCUAUGCAGUUAGGAGAAGGUGGAUAUUACCUAACUAGUAUGGAUGCUAGUCUCACCAUACUGAAGAAUUACUGUGAAAAACGGAAAAAAACAGAAAUGACCUCACAGUUUAGACAGUCACUGAGGCAGUGGCACAGACGGCGAAGAGUAGAAUACCCUGCCCUACCACCUAUUGCCAGUUCUCAGAAUUUUUUAAAAGUGGUCUACCGAGAUCCCAGCAAUAUCUACAAUACUAAGAUUUUAGUAGUUAAGCCACAAGAUACGGUGGAGACCCUGUGUAAAAUGUGUUCUGAAAAAUUUAAAAUCACUGAUCCAGUUCAACACAAUAUCUAUUUCUCUGAUGGUCAGGAAAUUCGGAAACUACCAGCUGAUGCUCACCCCCAAGAAGUGAAAGCACAAAUGCAACAGGAGAACAAGGUGGAGGACUUCUACUUCAUCUAUACCCUAACAAAUGAGGAAAGCGAAAUGAAACCCGAACGCAAACUGCUACGAGAAGAAGCUGUCGAUCUUGGAGAGCAUACUCCCACCUCUCCCACUUCCCCAUGAAUGACAUUUAUUAAACAUCUAACAUACCAUUGGAAAAUGUACACCUAAAGUACUCAGUUAAUGUGGGUGUGUUGUUGUUGUUACAACAUAGUAUAUCAUGUGUGGUAGCAACUAAGUAUAUCCAGAAUAUGUGCAACAAUGCCAUAUAGUGUUAGCAUUACUGUGGCAAUGACUAGGAAUUAUGCAUCAGCUUGUCAGUGACUGCUCAGUAGAUGCCCCUGUGUUGCUAUAUGUAAAUUAGUUGUGUUGGAGAAGCAGUGCCUCACACAAAAUAUUAUUAUGUAUAUUACUUAAAAGUUUAAAUGAUAUCCUGCUGUAGAUUCUUUAAGAGAGAUAAAGUAUGUUUAUAUUGUGACUCUGUAUAUUGUUAUUAAAUGAAACAAAAAUUUGUAAUUUAAAAAAGGAUGAAUAUUAGUCUUUAGAGUUUUUUCUCAAUAUAUAUAUUUUCAUCUUGUUGAAUGAGCACAGUUCUUGCUAAAGCACUUUAUGUAUCAGAAACCCAAAUGGCUCAAAUCAACAAUCCUGUUUGUUGUUCUGUAUCCACACUGCUUUGCAGAACUAUAUUGAUGGGAUGGCUGCCUUCCAUUUGAACAGCCUCCCCGUCUGCAGUAAACAGAGUUGACACAGGAAAUUAGUGCAAAUUCAGACAAAUAUUUAGAAAGGUUUUAAAGCAGAAGUGUUAAAUAGUGUAAAAAAAAAACUUGCCUAACUGAGCAUUAUCUGUUUCGGCAAAUCAUAAGAAAACUUAGAUGUAGUUGAGAGUCACUCAUAAAUCUUUACAGAAGGCAACAGAACAUAUAUAGAAUGAUUCACAAAAGCCUUUUGCUGUAAGAAUGUUCAAUUAAGGCUGUCUGAUUAAAGUGCCACUUUGCCAAUGAAAUCCAAGCCACAGAGAUUUUUUUGUCCAAGAAAAGCCCUGAAAUUUGCCAUGUAGUGAGUUCCCCACCCCCCCAUCUCGUCACAAAAAAGUAUCAUCGAAUUUUGAGGAAAGGCCACAGCAAUGCUGGAAAACCACAGAUUCCAAUAGCCAGGCUUGAUUCAUUAUUUGAUGAGUCAGACCACGGCUCAUAGAAGUUUCAGCAAAAGGAUGCAAUGUGCUUCACUUUAGAGUUCUUUGUAAUAACAGAGUUCAGCCAGAAAUAAUUAAGUAAACUGACAUUCCACUGAAAAAAAGCUGUCCCAAUGUUUAAAUAAUUUUCUGGGAGUGCUUUAUUCAUUGAAUAUCUCAUCCACCGGAAGAUGCCAUGUACCCCCAAUUAAAUACAGCAAACUCUGAGUUUGCUGCACCUCAAGAAAAGAAUGCAGUGACCUCUGAGACUUUCCAGUUCUCAAUGCUGGUAUGAGCAAAUUGUUACAGGAUGUGUCCAACUUUGUAAAAUCAUAGGAUACUCCAUAAAACCCUUUAGCUUUUCUGCUUCUAUGUGUAAGCAUUGACAAUGAAAAUUAACGGAGCUUUAAAACUGCAGCAUAAAUACAUUGACUUCAAAGGCAAUUUCCCCAUAUAUCCAGGUAUCUUAUAGUUGUCUUCCUAAACUUUUGACCAAAACAAGUACUAAACCCAGAUUAAAAAUAUGAAGUAGAACUUUUAUUUUGUGACUAAACAAUUAGUAGUUAGAUCAGCAAUUCUGCAGAGAACUAUAAAUGAGUGAAGAGAAGAUGUUUCAAGCUCAUUUGGAAGACACAGAUGGGCUACUGUGAUAUAUUCAGAAUUAAUUGUUAGUCACCAACAGAAUUACUUAGCAAUUUUAAGUUGCAGUUUAUCCAGAAAUAUGUAUUGCAAAAGUGAUUCCAUAAUAUUGUUCGAAAAUAUUUCUGCUGCAUUUUAUGCUUCUCAGCUACAUGUCACAGACAAUAUAGUUCACGGGACUAAGAGCCCAUGUCACAGACAGUAUAGUUCACAGGACUAAGAGCCCAUGUCACAGACAGUAUAGUUCACGGGACUAAGAGCCCAUGUCACAGACAUUAUAGUUCACGGGACUAAGAGCCCAUGUCACAGACAGUAUAGUUCACAGGACUAAGAGCCCAUGUCACAGACAUUAUAGUUCACGGGACUAAGAGCCCAUGUCACAGACAGUAUAGUUCACAGGACUAAGAGUCCAUGUCACAGACAGUAUAGUUCACAGGACUAAGAGCCCAUGUCACAGACAUUAUAGUCCACGGGACUAAGAGCCCAUGUCACAGACAGUAUAGUUCACAGGACUAAGAGCCUAUGAUUCUGGAAAUAAUGUACAUAGUUCUCACACCUCUCAACUGUCCAAAUUUUUUCAGAAAGACCAGAUUUUUGCUUCAUAUUUUUGGUCUGUUCUUCAUUAAAUCAUGAUAGGCAUUUGAUUUUCAGAUUUUAUAUCCUAUGAAAAUGCAUGCUAACACAAAUCCUGUAAUUCUAGCACCUUUCAAGGUUUAUUAGAACAAUAUUCAAAAUCUGUCCCUAUUUUUGGGCCUCCCCCUCCAUUAUUUUUGUCUUUGUUCAGAUUUCUUAUACUAAGGGUUUGAGAGGUAUGCUCUAACUUCCUGAAAAUUUGCAUAUUUAAACUAUAAAAUUUGCAUACUUAAACUGUAUAAAAUGUGGACUGUGGUGAAAUUAGAAAAGCUACAGUACACUGUGUUGUGCAAUCACCUUUCAGUGAAAGUCUUUAAAGAAAUAAAUGAGAUUGUUAGGAAAUCAGUGAAUUACAAAAUUACCUAGCUCGGGCUAAUUGAAAGCAAUGUGCAUUCUGUGUUCUUUCGAUCUUCUGUUCAUUCUUUCAGCAUAUUCUUUGACUCUCCCUUUUGAAGGUACUUCAACAGAACGUAUUUCUUAGCUUACUAUAUUUUUAAUAUCCCUUAUUUUACCAGAUUUAGAAUAUGCAAGCUAGCAGUCAUGUAACUGCCUUGUGUUAGGAUGACAAUGAGGUGAAGAAGUCAUUCCUGCUUCAAAACAUUAACCCCUCUCUUUCUGGAUCUGGGCUAAGCUAUGGCACACUGAGAGUCAAGUAAAUAGUGAAAUACAAAUAUGGGCCUGCAUCCUGAUUUUCUUUUCUCUGUUACAGUUUUAAUGCUGUUACUGUCUGAGAUGCUUCAUCUAAAAAUUCAUUGCACAUGCUUCACUACGUUAUGGAAUAUUUGUAAUUAUUUUGUCCAGAGUUUAGCUUCCCAACCAAAGUACAUAAAGGUAAUCCUUUCUUCAUAGCAACUCUUUACUUUUUUCCAUCUGUAGUACUUAUUAAAAAUUUUAAUCAGUACCUGUUUAUUU